AUGGCGCUUGAGCCGCCGAAUGAAGGGCAUGAAAGUGCUACCUCUCCAACUAAGGUACUUUAUGGAACACAAGCACCACUUGAAGUGACGGAUGAUAAAAACAAAACACCAAGACAUCCUCGGUGGACCAGACAAGAAACAAUGGUCCUCAUACAAGGCAAGAAGAUUGCAGAGAACAGGGGUCAAAAGGGUCGUAGAUCCAGUUCGGUCCUUGGGGUAGACAAGUUUGAACCCAAGUGGGAUACAGUCUCAUCAUAUUGCAAACAGCAUGGAGUAAACAGAGGACCAGUUCAGUGCCGGAAACGCUGGAGCAAUCUGAUUGGCGACUUCAAGAAAAUAAAAACGUGGGAGUCACAAGUGAAAGAAGAAGCAGAAUCAUUCUGGGAGAUGAGAAAUGACUUGAAGAGGGAGAAGAAACUUCCAGGUUUCUUUGAUAGGGAAGUUUACAAUGUCUUAGAUGGAAAGGCAUAUACUGCAGCAGCAUUUCAAUUGGCACUGGUAACGGUAAGUGCAGAUAGAAACGACUGUGACGGGAUGGAAGCGGUGAUGGGAGAGGAAGAUGAGGAGGAGGAGGCCGAGGAGGAGCCUGAGACAGUUUUUGAUAGCGGUCGACAUGCCACAGCCGAGGAUGGUCUCUUCUCGGAGUUUGAGCCGUUGACACAGGAAGAGAUUGGUAGGAGCCCAGAGAAGGAAAGGGUUACAACAAAUAGUCCAACAAAGACAAUCCCCGCUCCAGUGCCUAUUUCAGGUACAACAUCUCAGGAAGGAUGGAAGCGGAGGAGACGAACAUCACCCAAUGAAUGUCAAGACAACAAUCUGGAGAACCACUUGAUCAAAGUUCUAGAGAAUAAUGGCAACAUGCUGAGUGCACAACUCGAAGCUCAAAACAUAAAUUGUAAAUUGGAUAGGGACCAACUGAAGAAAAACAAUGACAACUUACUUGCUGCUCUUACCAAGGUUACAGAUGCUCUAGUUAGAAUUGCCGAGAAGUUAUAA